UAUCGAUCGUUCCAUUCACACCGAACGUAAACACCCGCCGUAUUCGGCUUUUUUAAAUCUAUUUAUGUUAAUAACAGUAUCGACAGGCGUUCGUCCCCGAUUAUAUGCGUUAUCGCAAACUGCAGUUUACAUGAAGAAUGUUUAUGAACGUUAAUCAGUCGCUCUCAGUCAUUGUCGCGUGCUCGUCGCUUCGCUCAGAUCGACGUGUGAUAUUACAGUAGUUACGUACUUGUGACGUAUGAAUGGAUUGCGAUCUGAUCGUGCAUUAAGUGCCAAAUGAUUUAGUGAAUCGAAGAUGACGAGGUCGAGUUACCGUCCGCUGGUUCCGAGGUCUUCAAUCAACUCGCUGGACACGCGCGAGACCGGGACAACGUCGCCACCUGGUGAGCCGUUAGUACGCGCGCCAGCGGGGAAGCCAAGAUGUCCACCGGCCAUCUCUCGGCUUCGUUUGGAGAAGGUGGAAGGCGGCCUCGCGGUCGCCGGAGUGGUGGUCGCAGCUAACUGCCAAAUCAUCCUACCGAUAUUCGGUUUCCUGUUCAUGCUUGUCGGAUGCGUCCUAACCGCGGCAUCGUACCGCGGCUGUGGUGAGAACGAAGAGCCCGACCACUACGCUGCCCGUAUUGCUUUCACCGGGAACUCGAGAGUCCUCGGACCAGUUUGCAUUGUCGCCGGCGCUCUCAUGACAAUCGCAGGCAUCGUCCUGUGCAUGCUGAUGCGCGCCGCCCAACGUCGUCAGCGUCGCCUCGCAUUCCACUGCCCGAUCCACGGCGACUUCUAUCCGCUCAGUCCGCAGAACACAAGAAAGUACACCAACAGUCCAUCAGGACUAUGGCACAGGUUGCGGAGCUGGCUGGGCCUGGUGGAGGAGGGCGAAGCGCCGCGGUGUCCCCGCUCCGCGGAGCCCGCGUCCCCGGCACGUGCUGACGCGCCGUGUCCUCCCCCAUUACCUUUCUUAGUGCCAUCCGAUUCUGUUGUAGGUAUGGCGUCAGUACUGGGAGCUCCCCUUAGCCCGGAACAAACAUUUGGGUCCAUCAAAUCUUUGGCUAUAUCAAGAGAAGUGGCCAGUUUCCCGCUUUCGCGUUCGCCAACUCCACCACCUUUGAGUUGCCCACCUUUCAAGGACGAAUCGAAGAGUCUCGAAGACAACAUCCCGAAUUCGAUCGUCAUACGUCCGGACUUCGACUGCGGAUCGCCUACUUGCAACUACCGCGUUGUCGAAUGUAAAAUCAGUAAUUUCGACGAACAUAAACGCGUUACUACGGCCAAUGCUAACGUACACAAGAAUCCUGACUACGAACAUACGAGACCUGUCUCUGUUUCAAUAUCAAUACCAGACGAAGGGAAAGGUUAACGACCCCCAAAAAACGGACUUUUUAGUUUUACAAACAUUAAAUAAAUCGACGUUCAUAACGGGCAGAAAUAAUUCUAAAGACGAAAUAUCUGGCGUGUUUAUUAUAUUCACAAUCAAUGUUUCAUUUUUAUAUUACGAUUAAUAAAUAAAUAUCGACAAAUUGCAAUAACUUCUGCUCAAUUGAAUGUUCGUCUUCCGCUGUGCUCACUUCCAGUUUGAUGAAAAAUCUCACUAAAAUGAAAUAAAAGAAAGCUUUCAUUUUUCUAGAAUUCCAAUAUUUAUUUAGAUGCUUCAGUGAAAGUGUGAGUUGAAUUAAUAAAUAGAAACGACAAUAACCCGUUAAUUGUUUUUCAUUUACGCGCCAAAUAUUUACUGAUCAGUAGUCGGUGAUCUUGCUUAGAUAACAUAGUAUAGUAAAGUAUGUGUAGUAAUUUAGAGUAUAAAAAUAUUGAAGAACAAACAAAGACAACUUCGUCCAAAUUAAAAAAUGAACUGAGCAUUUUUGUUAUUUCUGAGUGUGACCAAGAACUAAAAUCUUUUUAUUUCCAGGUUUUAGAUUUAUAACUGUCUAAUUUUUUUUGUAUGAAUUGAAUUUGUUUUAAAUACCUACUUUAACGUGUGCUUGAAGUAAAUGUUGCUUUAUUCAAAAAGAUAUUCUUGAACCGUGCGGGUGCUUUUUAUUGUUCGCUAUUGAAGCUUUUUAAAGUAGUCGUUUUGGACAUUUAUCAUUUUCAAUAAUUCUCACGCUGAUAAAAAUUUCGCAUCAAUGAAGCGAUAAUCUCAAAAGACAUUUGGGGUCUAUAAUUGACCGAUAAGUGGUGAAGUUCUAUCGCCGCCUGUCGUGUUCGAAGAACCUAUUUAGUGCAAAUCAGCCAUUAAUUAAAGUAGUAGGUUUCAUGUAUGCUUAAAUGAGUUAUAAUGUUAAAAGUUAAUAAAUUGUGCGAAAGAUCAAACAUAUAAAAGAUGAAUACGCAAGAUCGUGUUCAGUGUGCUUAGUGCGAGCUUUUUAACGCUCUCGAUAGCGUAAAAGUAAACUAUAAUUUGUAUGCAGUUGGAUCAGCGCCCCUAGCGGCAAACGCAGGCAAACGUUCCAACUCCAUACAAAAUCGAGUUAACUUUUACGCUAUCGAGAGCGUUAAAAAACUCGCACUAAGCACACUGGUCUAAUUUCAAGUUAAUAUUUCAAUCGGGAUUCGAAAAAUUUACAAAAGCAAAGCGCUCAGAGUAUGGUAUGAGCUUCAAAUUUCAGUAGUAAAAAGAACUUAACUUUCAAAUGAUCAUCCCACAUUCUAGUCGUUGACAUACAAACCUUUGACUUGUCACCUCGGCGCGUUUACGGUGUACCAACGUAAACAUUUUUGGCUCACUAGGAUUAUUGUUCCAUAUAAUUACUAAGUAUGUAUUGAUAUUUAUAGAAAAUUGUCCAAACAUACACGUAUGAUGUAUGUUUAAACUUAAUGUUAGUAGGUAUAAGAUUAUUAAUAUAAGAAUAGGUACAGUAAACAAUAACAUAACCUAGUUUUAGUUCAGAAAUGUGAUAUUUUCCUUUAAUUCGUACAUGAAGCUAUUUCGUUGAAUAACUAAUCAUUAUUUUAAAUCGAACUUUGUAUUAUCUGUGUCGUUUUCAUUCAUUGCUAAAUUUUGUUUCAUUCAUUAUUUCAUUAUUUUGGUGGGGAGCCAAAAAAGUUGCCAAAGUAAGGAUUCAUCACGUCCACUAAUGCAAUACAACCUAUGAUUAUUCAUCUAAAAAUUGUUUUAUACUUAGAUCACAUUAUGUGCUCAGAAAAGACAAUUUAGUGUGUGACAUGGAUUAGUUAAAAUAUUUCUCAUGUUAUUUUAGAUGUAUCACUACCUAUCUGUUGGUAUUACUCUAUCACUUGUAAAAUUUGUGAUGAAGGCAUUUAAUGGCCAAGUUAAUCGAAAACAUAAGAAAUGUAUUUUAUUUUAUAAUCAAUAGAUAAGUGCCACGGCCCACGCCUAAACGUGUAAUAUUAUUGUAUACUUAUUAAGCCUAUUUAAUAUUGUUAUUAUAUUAACGUAAGGACGAAAUGAAAAUAUAAGAAUGAAUUUGAGAAA